AGUUUAAACUGCGCUGCCGUCAAAUGAGCACGAUUGUUCGCGACGGAAGCUGUGUGCGUCCUUGGCAGAGUUUGCAGCAGGCAGCGCGCUCCCUUUGGGCCUGUCCCGAGCGCAGUAUAACCCACACGUCGUGCGAGCUACAAUGGACGCCAACGAGAGCGAAACAUGAAAUUGCAAUUCUGUUCCAUCUCGAAAUGGAUUCUCGUGUGCCUGAUUGCCUUCGCGACAGACGUGGCCGCGCCUGCCGAAUCACGAUGCACGGAUUGUGCCUCCGAGGAUCAGAUAGAGCGCGGCUUUAUUAAAAAUGAGAGGGGCGUGGGAGGAAUUUUAAGUUUGGCAGAUCAAAGGGAAUAUGUGAGAGCGGGGGUAGGCCGCCGCGAGAAACCCAAAAGGGCAGAGCACGAGUCAUUAAGCUUUAACUUGGGAUCAAGUGGUGAAUCCAGCGCAAAGUUUUUGCUCGCUGACAACGACAAAGACGAAAGGAGGGCGCGCGGAAGAAAGAGAAAAAGUGGCGGCCCUAAUGAAUUCCGCGGAUCGGCGAACAAUUUUGCUGAAGAUGAUGGCGAUGAAAGAAUCGAGCGGCCGAGAUGGAGGAAACGAAGCAAGCGCGCCGUCACAAAAGGAACUCAGACAAACGGGAAACUGAUUAGGACGGCAAAGCAGAACAUUCGAAUGCGAGCGGUGAACGUGCAAAAGAAGGGCAACAACAAGGGUAAGAGGGUCGGCAUGAGCUUGCAGCAGAAAUCGGGCAAAAAUAAUUAUUGGAACAGACUCCAAGCGGCGAAGACGGUUCCAAAAAGGAGGAAUAACCAGAACGGCGGGCAGGCCGCAUACCCCGACUACCCCGUCUACGGCAACCGACCACCCCAAGGCCAGGACUACCCCGCCGUUCCUCAGUAUGGCAAUCCGAGCGUGGGCGGAAACCCCAACUUAAAUUACCCCACCGUGCCGAGAAACGACCUGACGACGAUGCUGUUCACUUUCAAUAAUGGCAGGAGACCCCAAUCAACGCCCUCGUGGCAGCCACCCGCUUACGGUGUGCAAACGAUGACACCGCCGCCUUUUUACCCUGGCUCAUUAGAUCCGGGUGGCAUGAACGGAGAUGGCGGUGCUAGACCUCCCCGCAGGCGAUACACUAACGGGCCGAGGCGCAACAACGGUACCAAGGUCAACCGUUUCCGAAAGCGAUUCCAGUACGUGCAACUCAACAGCCCAGACGAAAUUCUGGUUGCCUGGCCCUUCUCCAGACCAAACAACGUCGUAACAGUGCUGAUGACGGCGAUGACCUCAGCCAUGCCGCGCAACACAAACACCGCGCCGAAAGUCAACGGCAAGGUGAAAAAGCCGAGCACCAAGAAGCCGCCCGCGACCAAAGCGACUAAAGCCACGACAACUCGACCGGCACCAACAUCGCCGACGACGCCGACCACAACCACGACGACAACCGAGAUGGUUUUCACUGAGGAGACAAUCAACGGCAGCACGGCGGGGAUGGCCAUUGACAUAAACAAGUUUGAGGCUCCGUCUGACCAGCCGAUGACCAUGGGCUUCAACAUUGAUGAGGAGUUCACUGGUGUGAUCUUGACGGAAGGGAACACUGGUUCCAGGAGGGGCAAGACGGCCGACGACGCCAGCAAGUUCGAGCUGAUGCAGGGCGUGCUGCAGGGCUUGAUAAUCACGUCGCCGCCACCCGCCAUUUCGGAUCUGGAAGACACCCUCAAAGACAUCAUGAGCGCCAACAAGGACGUGUUGGCCAAGGAAACAACCAGGCCGACAACCACGACCAUGCCGACCACCACCAUCCCACCAACACUCGCUGCUGCCAAUGCCACUGGCUUGUUUAAUUCGGCUGCUGUACCUGGCAACGUUACUGGGGCGAUGGAGAGUACACUCCCUGCCAGCACCACAGUUCAGUCGACCACUCCCGGAGGCACGAGGCCCAUGAUGGAGGUUACGAGCACGACGGAAGCCGGAAUUUUUUGAUGUGGCUAGCACCAUAAAAUUGGGAUAAUCAAGGAAAAUAAUUUUAUUUUUUCACUUACAUUAUAAUUUAAAAUUUUUAUUUUAUUCAUUCUAAUGUGUAGACUUCUACAGCAUUCUUUCUUAACAUAAAAUUAUGGGCACAAAUCCUUAAAAUUUUUGGAUUGAAGAUCUAUAGCGAAUAUAAAAGUAUAGUUUAUAUAAGAGCAUGGACUGGGAAAUUUCUUGCACGUGUUAUUUUUGUUAGACUAUCUUCAUGUCCUGUACGUUACACCAAAUAAGCAAUAAAAAUUUUAUAAAUUAUA